AAAACUGAAAGGUGUGCAUGUAUAUUACUUUAUUUGUAUAUUUCCUGCCGUGUACUUUACAUAUUUUCAUUUUCCCCAUUUUCCCCCAAUUUCGCUUAUUUUCUUACUUUUCUCAGCGGGAAUUGACGAUAAUUGUGACACUUUUUUUCGCUUUGUUGGAGUAUUGUUGACAUAACUCAACCGCCUGGGGUUGGUAAACAAAUAAACUUUAUAUAAAUUUCAACUAAUGAGUGGACAAAUAGUAAUUAAAUCCCAUUUUUGCAACUGCCGUUCGUUUAUUCAGACUCAAUUUAGCGAUUUAAAUGGGAAUUAAAACCCAACCAGUGGAUUUAAUGCUUAUCUUUUACCAACUGUUUCUUAACCUCAUUAAUGAUCGCAGUUCAUCGACAUCAAGUUUGUGAAAUCAUUUUAAAAAAUGGGCGGAACCCCAGGAUUAUUCAUGAAGCCGGCAAAUAUUUUUAUGACGCGAUCAACCUACGACUCUGGAGGAAAAAAUCCAAUGUAGACUUAUUCUAGAACAUUCCGCAUCCUGCUCCGUUUAUUGACAACUUACUUACCCUUCCAUUACUUGCUUUCUCAUUUCAGUUAUUACUCCUUGCCCAGAUAAUUUACACUUAGAUAUUACUUGGUUAGUUAUUUAUUACUACUUAUUUUACUCAAUACUUGCCUUCUGUCUUAACUCUUUGUUUGACGAUCCUUGAUCUUUUUUGGCUCGCCGGGUACACAUUGUCAGUUCUUUCCCUCUUCUCCCUACCUGGCUUUUAUUUGAUUUCUUUCCUUUUAAGCCAACAUGACUGUUUUCUACUCUUUUGUUACUUAAUUUUUUUGUUACUGCAACUUUUUUUCUUCCUUAAGACUCAAACACAAAAAAGAACUUUUCACAUUUUGUACCAAUUUUUUUCCCAUUACAAAGUUCGAACCAUUACAUUUUUUAAUCAAUUACUUUUCACCUCAUAUUAAAAAAAAUCUCAUUUUUGUGAUUUUUUCAAAUGGCAAAAGUGCAACCCUUGCCAGGAGUUAUUGCAUGGGAAAAAAUGUUAGCAACUAAUUUCAUUUAUGAUAUUACUUUUGUUAGAUAAAAAAGGCCACAGCACUGGUCUAUUAACAUACCCAGAUAGCGAACAAAAAGUAAUUUGAAAUCAAGAAUAAAACCAAUAAAUUGAAAUUUGAAAGUUGCAAAAUGGUAACCUUUAAAAAUAUUUUCGUUUAUUGGUUUACUUGUUUAUUGGCAACCUAGAGAUAUGACCCACAUUUAUGGAAAUUGGGAGACCAAAUUGAAAAAUUCUACAGAAGAAAUGCGUGAGAUACUUGUUUCGGACAAAAUCUGUUAAAUAUCGAAUUGAUUGUUUAUUUUUGUGUACCUUGCCUGUUGUUUUUAUUUAUCCCUGAUCUGGGCCAUAAUAAUUGAGAUGGCAACUGCAAUCUAUAACAGUGGUCUGCCCAAGCCUCCGGACGUCUUUACGAUUAUCAAGAACAAGGCGCUAAACAAAAAAGUGGUGCUUAACGUGGGCGGAUACAGACACGAGGUGUUGUGGAAGACACUAGCCAGAAUCCCACGCAGCCGACUUGGCAAACUGCAGAUGGCCACUUCUCACGAUGACAUCAUGCGUCUCUGUGACGACUACAUCUUGAUGAACAAUGAAUACUUCUUUGAUCGACACCCUGGUGCCUUUUCUCUCAUCCUGAACUUCUACCGCACUGGCAAACUGCACCUGCUGGAAGACAUCUGUCCAAUUGCAUUCAGUGAAGACCUCUCUUACUGGGAAAUAGAUGAACUCUACUUGGAGCCAUGCUGCCAACACAAAUACCACCUGAGGAAGGAGCAGCUGAUAGAGGAGAGUAGGAAGGAGGAGGAGGAGAGUGAGUUCAGAACACAACAACAACAACACUUCGGCAGGGGGUACUUCGCCCAGCAGAGGAGGAAGCUGUGGGACACUGUCGAGAAACCAAACUCAUCCCCUUACGCUAAAAUCUUCGCAAUCACUUCCAUAUUCUUCAUUCUCUUAUCAACUUUGGCCUUAUCUCUCAACACUUUGCCAAGUCUGCAGCCGAACAGCAGACGUAAACAACAACAACAACAACAACAACAUUCACUGUCAACAACAACUUCAUUUGUGAAUUGCACCCCCAUCGAAAUCCAAACUGAAGCGAAAAGUAGUGAGGAUGAUAAUUUUGAGGACAACCAUUAUUUGACGACGAUUGAGACCUUCUGUAUAGCUUGGUUCACCCUGGAGUACUCGCUGCGGUUUGCCUCCUCCCCCAACAAGUGGAUCUUCUUCAAAGCCCCCCUCAAUGUGAUUGACUUGACAGCCAUCCUGCCCUUCUACAUCACUGUGUUCCUCACUGCCAGUGGGAGCCCAGUGAACAACGUGCAGACAGUAGGAAGGGCAGUCCAGCUGUUCCGGGUGGCCAGAAUCAUGCGGGUGCUUAAACUAGCUCGCCACUCCACCGGUCUUCAAUCACUAGGCUUCACUCUCAAACAGAGCUACAAAGAACUAGGUCUACUGAUGUUGUUCUUAGCUAUAGGCGUGAUGGUGUUCUCAAGUCUGGUUUACUUUGCUGAGAGGGAUGAUCCGACAACUAGUUUCAGUUCGAUCCCCGCUUCUUUCUGGUGGGCUGUCAUCACAAUGACAACUGUCGGGUAUGGUGACGUGUACCCGAAGAGUCUCUACGGGAAGAUAGUGGGGGCUCUGUGUUGCAUCUGUGGAGUGCUGGUCAUUGCACUCCCCAUCCCUAUCAUCGUCAACAACUUCAGUGAAUUCUACCGGGAACAGAAGCGGCGUGAAAAAGCUGCCAAGAGGCGGGCUGUGAUGGAGAAGGCUAAGAAGGAUGGGAGUCUGCAGAGUAUCAAUUGGGAUGCAAAUUCAAAAACAGACACAUUCCUAGACGCUAUUCUAGAAACAGCCGGACUCUCGGAAGCGGCAAAGGAGAGGCUGAAAAUUAGACGAACAACAAGUGCCAGAUCCACUCGCAGCUGCCUCACUCCGAGGAGUAACAGCCUGAAGAACCUCCUUCUGAGGAGAGGAAGCACCUCCCUCCGGGGUCACAGCGACUUGAACCUACAGCGAGUCGGAAGGUCCUCAGAGUGGGGAAGAUCUGGCUCUGACUCUGGAUGCAGCCGACAGAGUUUCGGCUCAUUCGUCAGCCAGUCGAGCAUCACCAACUCACAGUCUGGAGAUCUAGUGGCUAUCAACAAAACACACAAAGCUAUAGGAAACAAAUACAAAUGUGACGUUCCAGGCGCAAUGGGUUUGAUUGCAACCCAAUACGGCCCAGUCCACCUUCCCAUGCCCCCCGGCGGAGGUCAACACCACUUUGACCCCUGUUCCUCUCUGGGGUCAGCGGGGGGAUUCAACCCAGAUGGGUCAUCAUCAGGUGCAGGGGGGGCUAGUGGAGUGCACUCAGGUGUGAGGAGGUCAUUCUCAAAUGAAGAUCCUAAUCUAUCUUCGCCUUCGCAUUUGCAACAAUUAGUGGCUAUGAGACAGGAAAGUGACGGCGGUGGCGGUGGAGGUGCAGGGGGACCCUGUUCGAACCCAGCUGACCCCUGCAGUUUCCCCACCAUCCCCCCUUCGGCUGUAAUGAGACACAACUCCAUCUCUAGUGAGGACUCCUGUCAUGCAAGUCAUGCUAGCAUAGCGACCAGUGAGGCUGAAUUCGGACAGGUCGAACACGACUUCUCAAGUGUCAACUACAGAAAACUCACGAAGGUCACCCGCAAAGCACCGGGACCGCUUCUGUACACAAUACACAGUGUAGACGCAGCCGACGAUGAAUUAAGCGAGAAGAGCAAAAGCGACACGGGGAUAAAUGACGGCAACAACUCAAAUAGCAGACGCACUAGUUUGAUCAACCUGAAUAAGACCCCCUCGCCCAAGCACCCGAGUAGGAAGCACUCGACAGACGAAAUAAGGGGAGGGUCGCCCCAAAGAUCAAGUCAACAGGGAUGGACGAGGGGAUCCUCUGGUCAAACAGGAGGUGCUGGGAGUGGAAGCAGAAAGUCUUCUUUCGACGAGGCUGUUGGUGGCGGCGGGUUCAGGAGACGAGGGGGAGGAGGAGGGUUGUGCGAGGUGGGGACAUCUGGAACUAGUGGUGGUGGAAAUACUGCAAGGGGCACAGAGCUAAAUGACCCGUCAUUUGUCCAUCAGCAUUCAUUACCUUCAGCCGUGUCCAAAAUGGGGGUUGUUCCGUCGCACGAGCAGCAGAGUUUUGGGGGGAGUACAGCGACAGAUAGCGGAGGGUCCGAUCAUGAGUUGGGCAGAGGGGGUGCUUUUGUUACUCCGGCAGGGACAAAUAGACGGAGGUACAGACAGAGACUCGCGUUCGAGUCUUCGAGUUCUCAGGAAAGGCCUUUUAUGCCACCACACCAGAAAUUCUCAUCGCCUUUAUCUCAAUCCAACAAACACUCAGCCCAAUCACAAUAUCAACAACAACAACAUCCUUCACAACAACCUCAAACCUCUGCCAACCCACUGGCUAAAAAGAUCCUCUUAAGGAGACCCGACGAUGUGCCCUUAGCUAUUCUGUACAGAAGUGGCAGUGGGGAGGGGUGCACUAAAAGACUGAGUAAUGUGAAAGGGUUGACGAUAGAUGUAACACCUUCGGACCAGUCUGAAAGGUCAAACCUCCUUCCCCCAUCAUCAGCAUCAUCAUCAUCUAAGAAGAAGCCACGCCAGUCAGCCUCUCUCUCAAUCAACUACGAAGACAGUAUGCACUGGACAAAGAGAAGUUUCGACAAACAUCGCAAAUCUAUAUCUCGGAUGACUAAACUGAUCAAACAGAGUCGUGUCGUGUCACUACCCCCCGAGAGUCCUCAUGACGUCACAAUUGCAGCUGGCGUUGAUGAGUCAUCGCCCACUCCAACAACGCAAUCGGGAGCCUUAAGGUCAUCGACCUCCCCGAAUGUCACCGAGCGCGAAGGAGACGACGAGAGCUCGGAAGCCCGAGCAGUGGAAGCGCCUGAGACGUACCCUUUUGUUCGGAAAUUAAGUGGGAAAACAAGCAGCAGCAGUCGGAAAAACGACAACAAUAAAACAUGGUUGUCGCUUUCCGAAGAACACGGGGACGCGAAUAACUCCGACGGUGGUCAUACAAUUACACCUCCGAAUACAAUAGGCGUUGCCGAAAACGACGAAACCGAUUGCGAAAAAAAUACGGGAGAUCCGGAAAAACAAAUUAAAACAAACACAACAAUAGCUUCUUCAUUAGGAACGAAUUCGAAUCAACCAAAUGUCGUUAUUCAAAUUGAACCGGUUACAGAUGCAUCUGAAGAUCAUAAAAUAAUUGAACUUGAAGAUCCUGAAACGAGUGAAAAGAUUAAUCUAUUAAUCUGUUCAAAACAAUACAGUAGUUUAGAAGUGGACCGAAAGCCGCUCGAGAAAAAACAACGAAGUUUAGAUUUGCAUAGCACGCAGGGGUUUACUGUUGUCAAUGCUCGGAAUUUGAGUCAUAGUGAUUCGAGUAUUCUGAAACCUGAUAAUCAAAACCGAUUCUCGACAAUCAAACUUUUACCGUCUAGUAGUUGUGAUUAUGAAACAGGAAUAACACAUCUCAACAUUCCAUUCGAAGAGUCGUGCUGAAUUUUAUCAAUAAAAAUUGAAUUUUUCUUAUUUUUAACCCCAAUUUAUGUUUACUUUUUCACUUUCCCCGCGUGCAUUGUCUUACUUUUGUACACCAAAUUCCCAGUUCAACGAUUUUAAACAAAUAAUGAAUUAUAGCGUUAACUUUCAUAAUUUACCGAGCAUGCUAAUACUUUCAGUUUAUGCUUUCCUUUUCACUUUUUGAUAACCUCAAUUUACCAGAAACGAUUUGUA